CUUCACUACUACCUCCCUUCAUUCCUCUUUCGACCUUCACUUGACAGGGUGAAGGUAACAUCGCCACAAUAGCCUCUCAAGCACAAACCCCUAUCGGCAUAUAAAGCUACUUCUUUAAUACAGCGACUAGCAACAUUCCAUAGAGUACACUAUCUAUCUGUUACAGUGUAAGCCUCGCUUAUUCACAGCUGCAGAUCUAUAAGAAGUCAGAACCCUCCCCUCUCUCUCGCAGCAACACUGGUCACACGGAGUUUCUCCCCGUAGCUCCACAUAGUAAUUGCCUUGCGAGGAAGUCGUGACCUGUACUACCAUGCUCAUGCAGGCUGGGUAAGUACUUUGUAACGUCCCACAAGAUGCCGCCGAGAGUUUGCUGCUUUUCAGAGGCUUCUCUGCGUCAGGACCACACCCUGGCUGAGCACCCCCAUCACUUCGCAAGAUCCUGGCCUUCCUGAUCUUCAUCAAAGCCUCCUGUAGAUGACCUCGAACCUCUCGCUACCAAGAUUUUACAUCAGACUAUACGGGGGACAUGCCGGUUCAUGACUGCUGCUAAGUUGCAAAAUGUCGUGGACUAUGCAUCAUAUCUGACAAGCGGGAUGGAGACCCAUACCUGACAGUAAACGGUCAAACACGGCAAGACAUACGAGACUAGAGUCCAUCAUUCAGUAACAUUUUACUGAUAUAGCAACUUUUGAUGGCAGAGAAAGGCAAGUUGCAGCACCCGUGCUACCCAAAUUCUGGUAUCUUCGUUCAAUUCAUCCAAUGUUCGGCCUGAAACGCACUUGAACCUUCGGGAGUUCAACCGUUUCUGGAGAACCUGGCCCCAUGAUGGACUCCUACUCGUUACUCCCACCCACACCAGAGUCUCUGCGUCUCUCGCACGGACGUGUGGCGUAUACUUGAUCCGACUGGCUUCGCGGGAAUCGACUUGAACACUUGUUUCUGAGCAACUCUAUGCACUGAUAAUCAUACCGAUUCAUACUUCUGUCCAAACUGCCACUUCUGCUUGUCAUCAUGGGAAACCGCAACGAUAUAGGAAGACUUCCUUGCCUUGCAUGAACAGCCGUUUGUUUUUACUCUCAGCCUUCCAGUUCAGGCAAGAAAACUUCACCCUGAUCUCCCAAUGUAGAUGAGAAGAGAAUUCCGGCUGUCGGGUGAUGCGCAUGAUCGCCGCAGGGAGGGAUACCCGACCGUCAUCUUUCCCGUAGCAACAACUGGAGGUCCAUGUCCAGCUGCACACCGGCAUAUCUCUGCAUGAGAUCAAUGCACUCUCAGAGGACCUCUUCCAACUGGCCUGUCAGGCACAAUGGAACCUGCCCGGACCAUGGCACCUACCGGCAACCUGCUUGCUACUUACGCUGCAAUGGGCCGAGGGCACCAGAUAACUAUGAGAUGGCACCCACAAAUAUAGGCUCUACAUGUCUAUGUUAAAGUAGACGACACAUUCUUCAACAGAAGAUUUCUGAUGUGAUUACUACUGAUUUUCUGUUGUUUGUUGUUAACAACAUUGUUUUGAGGGCUUCACGCGCGAAGAAUAUCAGAGUUACUGCAAGGGUCAAGAGGGAGAGAGACACAUCAAAAGAGAGAUAACACUGGACUCCAAGCCUCUGUCUCUGCAAGACGCUGUUAUCUCUAUCUAUAUAUGAAGCGAGCUUCUUUGAGAUAGUACGGACUCGGAAAGGUCAGGCCAGACUGAUUGUGAGAAGGAAAGACUACUGGACUGUAGAAGGCUGCAUAGCUGAACAGCUAGAAAUCAUACACGCAAGGCAAUGGUGUUGUCGGUGUCGGCAAAAUAUUCUUUGAGGUGGCCUGGGUCUAACCUAAUUCGAAGUUCUGCCGGAUUCUCAGAAUGUCGAUUUCAGGUUCGCCUUCCACAACGCGAUCGUCUGCUCGAACGCCAACGUCACCGACGUCUUCAACCUCCAUAACUUCCUCCGCAACAUCAACUUCAACUGAUCGAAGUUUUGACACGCUGCCAUGGAUUUUGCAUCACAUUCUUGAACCACAAACAACUUGCGAGCUACCAAUUAGCAUAAUGUUUUCUAUUAACUCUGGCAAGAGCUUACCACGACUGAAGGAUGUUUACUCCUGGUGGCAGCUUGAUCGAGAUGGAAAGCUUAUUCUUGCUUUCCUCUCCUCCCAAGAGCGAAUAAUCCCCUCCAUUGCGGACUCGACAGCUGCAGAAAUCAAGAACCCACCUGGUGCUCGAGCUGAACCUGAAUUCGACCCCACACACUGUCCCGAUGAUCGUUUCAUGGACCGUGGAAAUGACACCUUGCUCAAAAUUGGCUUCGCGCACAUUGCCGCCAAUACAGAAAGGAAUAUUGAGUUUGAACCUCCUGGCGGGCCACGAGGACUUCCACCUCACUUCAUUCGGAGAUACUGUAUCGAGCAAGUUUUCAUUAAGGAGUUUGGGGAUGUCAACUUUGACCAUGCACUCACAGCUUUAGAUUACAUCAGGGAUCUAGAGUUUACUCGUCGAGAUACCCUACGUGAAACCGCCGAAAACUUUGGAAUCAAUGAGCGCAACUGGCGAAACGUCCUUGGUGGCAAUCCAAAUGCGUUAGCAUGGGUGGAACAGACUCAGGGAAACGAGUUGCGGAUAGAGACGUUGUACUCCAACUUGUUCAUCGAUCUCCGGAUAUGGACCAUGACAAGCAUCUUGCUCUCGAAGCAUUUCUACAAGCAAGAGGCCUUGGCUAUGCUCAACACCUUGUUUCCUCCCUCUCUUCAAGAGCUACCAACCGUCAAGAUCAAUCCCAAGAUAUUGUAUCAACAACGCGCAAUUUUCUAUAGAUACAUCCUUGAUGUGGUCGCCAAUGGACCUGCAAUCAUGAUAGAGUUUGAAAAAAAGCUCAAUCAACAAGACAAUCGCCACAACUGGCUGGCAGUCAGGGGAAACAUGGAGAAGUAUAUGGAUCUAGCAGCAAAGAUGAUUGAUCAAGCAAAGGUUGCUAACGGGAUGUUGCGAGUUCGACGUGCUGAAACACUGGAAUCUUCUGUAUUGAACAAUUCGAGAAGCUUCAGCGGCGCCAGCUUCGAUAGCAUCAGACCCAAGACACCAAAAUCCAAGAGUAGCUUGACUGAUAUGCGAGCAAAGUUCGGACUGAGCAAUAAGUCCAGCAGAGUAUUCGGAGAGGCAAAUUCUGUUUACUCAAAGUCCUUGGUCAACGUCAGCAAAUCCACUCAGGAACAGCCUGAUCAAUCUAGGGUAAAUAUUACCAGCAGAAAACUCGACUCCAGUCGCAGCACAUCGUCUACGUCCCAGCCAAGAUUUGAGAGUCUCCUUUCAUUGCGCGCUCGUGGCCUCUCCAAGCCAAUGGGCUUUGUCCCUCCUCCACUUGAUGAAUUGGAAGCACUUCUAGGUAGAACACUUGCUCCCAAGCCCGAGGAUUAUGAAGCAGAUCUAACGACAACUCCAAACUCAACACCGAGGGUGUCAUUCGAUUUCGACGCUGAACUUGGAUUGAGCAACACUUAUCGCCGCCCAUCACUGUCGUCGGAUCUUCAGACUUCUGAUAGGCCCAACUCAGCAAAACCGAGUCUCCAGAUCGAUACUGAGGGAAUCAGAAGUAAACAACAAGUUGUGUCACCGCCCAUCAAGUUGGCUAUGCCUUUCACCAAAUUCCAGCAGCCUGAAGACAUAACUCCAGCUGAUCGACCACAAACUGCGGAUAACUCAAGCUCAAAGCGUAGUCUUUUGAGGUCACCAGCAUCUUCAAGUAGGUUGUUUUCUGCCUCGGGACCACCACCAUUUGAGCCGCUGCCGCCUCUCGCCACGCUCCCGACUACGCGACGUCAGAUUACCGAGCCAGCUAUGAUGCCCGAACCAUUGAAUAUCAAUAGACCACGUAAGCCGACUACACCAGGAACGUCAAACAUGAGUUCAUUUCCACCUCGCAAUAACCUCAAAGAUCGAGCUUCGUCGUCACAAACUCCUGCAAUCAAGAGCUCACCCUCUGGCCUCAACUCAGAACCUAUCGACCGUACAUCCCAAGACCUUGGGGAGUCCUUCGAAAUUAGAAAGUCACCCUCCAACAUCUCUGCUGCGAAUGCACCACGUCCUUCAACCAGCUCAGAAGUCUCAUCUAUCCUCACCAAGAAACCCUCUGCAGACUCUGCUACACAAUCACGUCUGCCGUCAGACAACUACGAAUUCUUAAAUCGUCCCUACGGCGGAUCUUCUCAAGAAAAUAACUACCCACCUCGAGUCGUAAUGAAGAAAUCUAGCUUCAACGCGCUCUUCUCACGCAAGAAGAAAUCUUCAUCUGCCCUCAAAGAUGAUUUUCAAGCAGGCAACCCCCUUGGUAUUUCCACCGAGCCCAAUCCUCCUUCCAGCGCUAUCCCUCGAGAGUCUAGUGAGACUCGACCAAUUGUCCAGAAGAAAUCUAGCUUUGCAACUUUCAUCCAUGGCGGCUCUGAGGACACUAUCGAGACAUCUAGUGAGGAUGGCCUCCCUCCUAAGACUCCUCGCUCGGCCAGAACUGCACGUUUCUUCCAAGACGAUUACUACGGCCCUGGCAAUGAUUUACCUGAGAAUGGGAAGGAUGAUGAGACUCCACAACCAAAGUUGAAGCCGAAAUCAAGCUUUACCUUCUCCAACCGUCUUCGUUCGUCAGGAUCGCGUUCCAACAUGCGCUCCGACAGCGGUGAUAUGGGUGACAAAGCAGAGCCCAAACUCAACAAAAAGUCUAGCUUUUCUCGUAGUGGAAGUGUUCAAACUCCCGAUUCUCAAGCCAAGGUCGACCCUCAGAGUCAGCCAGAGCAGCGUAGUAUCAAAAGGAUGGCCUCUUUCGUCUUCGGCACCCCUUCUCUCCGCACCUCCGAUUCUCAAGCCACCCUCCGUCCCGAGCGUCGUGUCAUCAAGAAGAAGAGAUCUAAAUACACCGUCGCUGAACCCUCCCAGGCCGCACCACAAAUCCCACCCCUCCGCCACCAGUCUUCCUUCAUCGCUGCCGUCGGUGGACCAGUCAGACCAUAUACCGCUAACUCAGAAGUUAGCCUCUUCGCGCAGUUCGAGGCCGAAGACCAGGGAGUCAAGUACGGAAAGGCACCAGAGGAAGGCAGGCGCUCCGACGUCCUCGGUGUUGGCGGCCCCGUCAGACCAGCCACAUCUGGCAGGCAGGAGCGGGAGGAGGAGGAGGAGGAGGAGGAGGAGGAGGAGGAGGGAGAACCUGCUGGCGAGCUCUCAACGAGCUUCAACAGCAGCAGCAGCAGCAAGAGUCCCACGAGCCCUCUUGCAUACGAAUUCGUCCUUUCGCUCUCUCCCUCUCCCUCUCCACCUCCCACCACCAACACCACCGACAUCUCCGGAUUGGCGGCUGCCGCCGCCGCUGCCGCUCCCCCACAGCAGCAGCAGCUCAAGAAGAAGAAGAGCGUGUGGGGGUUCGUCGCUAGGAAGGAGGUGUCGGCGGAGGAGGUCGCGGAGAGAGAGAGGGUCAGGGAGGAGAAGAGGAGGGUGAAGGAGGAGAGGAGGGAGAGGGAGAGGAGGGAGUUGGAGGAGGGGGUGGUGGCUGUGGCGGAGUUUUUUGUGGGUGGGGAGGGGGUGAGGAGGGGUUGA